AUGGAUGACUCAAACCAAACUUUUCCAGACAGGUUCAUCUUACUUGGGUUAACUAAUGUUCCUUACCUCCAGAAUAUCUAUUUUCUUGUGUUCUUGUUGAUGUAUAUUAUAACAUUAUUGGGAAACUUUCUACUGAUCAUUGUAGUGUGGACCAACCCCAAACUACACAGUCCUAUGUACUUCUUCCUGAGUAACCUCUCUAUUAUUGACGUAAGUAUCACCUCUUCCAUUGCACCCAUAAUCCUAAUAAACAUCCUAUCCAAGGACAGGAGUAUUUCCCUAUUAGGAUGUGCAGCUCAGAUAUUCUUCUCUUUAUCAUUAGAAGGAACAGAAUGUAUAAUACUGACAGUCAUGGCCUACGAUAGAUUUGCUGCCAUCUGUAAACCAUUGUACUACAACAACAUCAUGAACACGAAAUUGUGCUUGUAUUUAGCUGCCGGAUCAUGGAGUGUGGGCUUCAUCAACGCCUUCAUUCAUGUGGCCCUCACAUUCCAACUGCCAUUCUGCAGGUCCCAUCAUGUCAAUCACUUCUUCUGUGAGAUACCUCCAUUCUUGCGAUUGUCCUGCAGAGAUACACAGCUCAAUCAGAUAGCAGUGUAUAUCUCAGCAGGGUCUAUUGUGUUUUGUUCUUUCUUCUUGACUCUCAUUUCAUACGUCCAUAUUAUCUCCUCCAUCUUGAAGAUCCGUUACUCCCAAGGGAGGUCUACAGCUUUCUUCACCUGUGCCUCCCACCUUAAUGUUGUCACCCUCUACUAUGGGGCCAUUCUGUUCAUGUAUGCACGACCCAGCUCAGCUUACGCUAAUGGAACAGACAAAAUUGUGUCUAUUCUCUAUACAACAGUGACUCCAAUGUUGAACCCCUUCAUAUACAGCGUGAGGAAUAAGGAUGUAAAAGACACCAUAAUCAAUCAUCUGAGUAGGCGAUAA